UCUCUUCCCCCUUGAGCGCCAGGAAGGGCUCCGUGUUAGGGACGGAGGCAGCCAUGGCGCCGCCAAAGAAAGGCGACUUGAGCGAGGAGGAGCAAGAGCUGCUGGAGGUGAUUGGGAAAGGAAACACUGAAGAAUCUGCAAGACUGCUAGGGAGCAAAAAUGUCCGUGUGAAUUGUCUAGAUGAGCACGGCAUGACCCCUCUUAUGCACGCAGCAUACAAAGGGAAAGUUGACGUAUGCAAACUCCUGUUGCGACAUGGAGCUGACGUAAACUGCAACGAACACGAGCAUGGAUAUACUGCCCUGAUGUUUGCUGGGCUCUCGGGCAACAAAGAAAUUACGUGGAUGAUGUUAGAGGCAGGAGCAGAGACGGAUGUCAUCAACUCUGUUGGGAGGACAGCAGCUCAGAUGGCUGCCUUUGUGGGUCAACAUGACUGUGUAACUGUUAUCAACAACUUCUUUCCUCGGGAAAGGCUAGACUACUAUACGAAACCACAAGGACUAGACAAAGAACCCAAACUGCCUGUGAGGUUAGCUGGGCCUCUGCAUAAGAUCAUUACAACUACCAAUUUGCAUCCUGUUAAGAUAGUGUUGCUAGUGAAAGAAAAUCCUCUUCUGGCAGAAGUCGAAGCAAUGCAGAAAUGCUACAAAGUAUUGGAUCUGAUUUGUGAGAAGUGCAUGAAACAGAAAGAUAUGAAUGAAGUCCUGGCAGUGAAAAUGCACUAUAUUAGUUGCAUUUUCCAGAAAUGUAUCCUUUUCCUUAAGGAGCGAGAGGAUAAAUUGGACGGAUUACUCAAAAGCCUACUAAAAGGCAGAGAUACAGAUGGCUUUCCGUUAUAUCAAGAGAAGCUCAUCAGAGAAUGCAUCCGAAAGUUUCCUUACUGUGAAGCAACCUUGCUCCAGCAACUUGUGAGAAGCAUUGCUCCAGUUGAAAUUGGCUCUGAUCCUACAGCAUUCUCUGUACUUACACAAGCCAUUACUGGCCAAGUGGGCUUUGUGGAGGCUGAAUUUUGUACAACGUGUGGGGAAAAAGGUGCAGCCAAAAGAUGUUCCGUAUGCAAAAUGGUGAUCUACUGUGAUCAGAACUGCCAGAAAAUGCACUGGUUUACACACAAGAAAGCAUGCAAGACACUGAAGGAUGCCCAUGAGAAGCAGGAGUUGGAAGCUGCCAAAGAAAAAAAGCAACAAGAAAGAAAGCAAAAGAGAGAGGCAGCACAAGCAGCAGAACCUACUUUAACAAGUGAAGAACAGUUGAUCUCUGAAGCCGGAGAUAAUAAGGAAGUGGAACUAAAAUGUGCGGGAGACAGCACUGAAGAGAUGAUUUCUAACGAGGAGACAUCUGCACCAGCUCCUCAAGCUGACAAAGUCCUUGAAGGAGAGACCCAAUUAGCAGACAUAGUUAUUGAAAAAGCACAAGAGUCUGAGGAGUAAACACUGUUUUCUAGAUCGCAGUGUCAUGAAACAUGCAGUCAAUGGCUUAUGGUUAUAAUGCUCACUUCGGCGUUUUAUAAUCCAGCAUAUGUCAAUUUACUUGUCCGGUGUAACAACGUCACACCAUCCUAGAUUGUGAGGACAAGAGAUAAACCAUCUGGUUAAAAUUAUAAUAGCAUACCCAUCUGUUUGUGUACCUACACAAAGCAUAGCUGCUUUACAAACAUCUGUUGAAAAUACAGCCACUGGCUAGCAAAAUGAAAAGCUUUUAAUUUAUCUGUCUAAAUUAAAAAUGCCAUUCAACUUCUGUAUCAGUGGGGGUGGGGGAAAGCACUGUCUGUUGAGAAGGUGGAAAAAGUGUCGGGAGAGGUGGGGGGGCUACCACUUGCCUGCUUGACCCUUGCCCAUCCUGACUAAUUAAAUCAGCCAGGAUGGGUCUGUGGGCAGAUGCCUAAGGGGCGCAAUUAAUAUGUCCUUGCAGGAGGAGGAUGUUCCCUCUUGCUUGAAGGAAGUAGUAAUAAGACCUUCAUUAAAGAAACCUUUCCUUGAUCCAAGAGAUCUGGGAAGCUGCAGGACAGUCUCAAACACUCUAUUCUUUGCUGAGGUGAUUGAGAAGACAGUGGCCUCAUGACUUCCAGAUGCAUUUGGAUGAUACUGAUUAUCUGGACCCAUUGCAAUUGGGCUUUUGGGCAGGCUAGGGGAAUGGGUCUGCUUUUGUGGAUGAUCUGUGCCAGGCCUACUAAUUCUUCUGGACCUCUUGGCAGCUUUUGAUGCCACUGACCAUGGUAUCCUUCUGGUCUGCCUUACAGACCUGGGCCUUGGGGACAUUGUAUUGCUGUGGUUUCGGUCCCUCCUGUCAGUUCGUGUCCAGAAGGUAGUGUUGGUGAACUACUGUUCAGCAUCAUGGCCAUUAGUCUACAUGUGGCAUCAGCCAAGCUUCUGUUCUGUCCCUUGUGAUUAACAUCUACAUGAAACUGCUGUGAGAAAUCAUCUGGGGCUAUAGAGUGAGGUGUCAUCCAUAUGCUGAUGAUGCUCAGCUCUAUUGCUCUUUAUUAUCUGGUCCCAAGGAAGCAGUAGACACCUUGAACAUGGCCUAUGUUGGAUAAUGGGCUGGAUAUGGGUGAACAAGCUGACAUUAAAUCCAGAAAAGACAUAGGUGCUGUUUGUCAACGGAAUGCCUAGCUCGGGAAUUGGAUUUUAAUCUGUUUUGAAUGGGGUCGUGCUCUUCCCUGAAAGAUCCUACACUGAUCUAGCAGCAGUUAUCUGUGUCUUUGUGACAUCACAGUUAGACUAUUUACAGUGUAUUCAGUGCAGGGCAUAUCCUUGAAGCGUAUCCAGAAGCUUCAACUGGUGCAAAAUCCGGUAACAAGAUUGCUAACCAGUGUGCAGUUUUGUAAUCAAUUACCCCAGUGCUGAUCAAUCUGCCAAUUGUUUUCCAGGAUCAGUUCAAAGUGUCUCAACCUUUAAAGCUCUAAGUGUCUUAGGGCCUGGCUAUCUGAUGGACUGCCUAUUUGGGUAUGAACCUGCUUGAUUAUUAAGAUCAGCAAAAGAGACCCGUUUUGAAGACAUCCUUGUCAGGCAUGUGGGAAAGGCUUUACUCCUGGGUUGCUCCUAAACUUUGGAACACACUCCCUUUGGAGUUGCAACUAGUUCCCAGUCCUCUGCAUUCAGGAAGAAAGGUCAAGAUACAUCUUUUUAACUUGGCUUUUUAAAAUUUUAAAAUUUAAAUUAGCUCUGCCCGCUCUUCCUGCUGUAUCAGGACUGCAGCUUCUCCUUACCGCCGUGUGUCUUCACAGUCAGCAGCUUCGAUAGAUAACACCAUCAGAUCAAGCGCUGUUUGUAGAAUGUUCCCCAACAGUGGGGGAGAGAAAUGCAGAGGAGUCCGACAACUCCGAGCUGAACAAUUAAACAAAUUCCAGAGGCUAGCUUUCCUCAUGUAAAAAAGCACUAAUAACAGUGCCAAGAUAAAAUCGAACUUCAACCGAUAGGGUAAAAGAAUAAAUAAAUUAAGAUAAAAAGAGUAAAAUUAGGCGAGCUACCAAACUACGUGUGUGCUGCCUCGCCCAACCGGAACCGGAACUCCGCUUUUUAAAAUUGAUAUAUUUUUAAGGUCAUUUAAUGCUUUACUAUGUUUUUAUCUGAUUGUGGUUUUUAUUUUCUGAAAUCUUUGUAAACCUCCCUGAUUGGCUUCAGAAAGGUAGUAUAGAAAUAACCAAUCAUUAAUCUGUUGGAUCAUAUCCGAUGUGACACUUCCUGGGUCUUCAGCUAGAUUUUGAAGAUGGUUUUUUUCUUCUUGUCUGUUUACAUUAAACGAUGCUGUCAAUCCA